GAGGAAUGGUUGAAUUCAGUUCAGGAGUCAGAGGUAUGGCUUUGAAUUUGGAAACUGAUAAUGUGGGUAUUGUCGUGUUGGGUAAUGACAGAGAAAUCUAAGAAGGAGAUAUUGUCAAAAGAACAGGAGCAAUUGUCGAUGUCCCAAUUGGUAUGGAAAUGUUGGGUAGAGUAUUUGAUGCUCUUGGUAACCCAAUCGAUGGACAUGGUCCAGUCAAAACAAACACAAGUAAGAAGAGUUGAAUUGAAAGCACCAGGUAAUUAUUCCAAGAAAGAGUGUCCA